AUGUCUACCGCUAAGCCGUCUACGGAUGGGGGACAGGAGGCUCCAAGUUCAAGCGUGCAGUCUCCCCAGGUUACACACGUCACGCAGACCCCGCAAAAGAAGAAACAAUCGAAUAAGGCAUUGCAAUCAGACAACCAUGAAGUGCUGUCUGAUGCUGUGGCUGCGUCCGGUGUCAACAUUCGUGCCGAAGAGGAAGCAAUGGUUACCGGAUUGUCAAUAUCGAAGAGGCAAAUAGAGCAGAACACAUUUUUGAAACCAAACCAACUGCAUUGGUUCAUGAACAAAACUCUCGAAGAGCAAGGGAUCAAACCUGUUGUGACGGACCAGGAGGUGUCAAAUCUAAUAUCCGCUUCUUGCGAGCACUACAUGACACAAAUAUUGACUGACACCAUUGUCAUGAUGAGACAUCGAAGACACUCGUCCAAUGUUCCCAAGAGUACCGGCAAGAGCGGCAGCAAGAAGUCGAAGUCCAAGAGCUCGAUGAACUCGCAUUCGGGUUUGAGCAGCAAGUCGGAACUCUCGAAAGCACUGAGAGACAUUGCUUCGAAACAUAAGGACCGAGAAGAGAAGAGAAUAAGGAGAAGAAUCUUCCUAGGUUUGGAAGAGGAAAAGCUGGAGGAAGAUUUAAUCCAAGAUCACAAGCAGACCAAUCUGACUGCAUCUCUGAUGAUGAGUGGUUCCAAGAAAAAGAAGUAUUCUUGGAUGCAAUCCUCGUCGGCAUCCCCUGGUGCUAUCAAUUUUCGUGGUGAUAAUGGUAUCAGAUAUCGAGAAGCUCGAGAAGAGCAAGCAAUUGUUCUCAGAGAUUUGAUUGCUGCUUUAGAGAACAGGAGAAUUGGUGUGUCCAACGCGCUGCUCAAAGGUUACGCCCGCUUGAGGGAUUGA